GACCUGUACCCACAAGUAUAAGGUUAGGAUAUAGGCCACAAGUGUCCAUCCAUGCAAGGUGAAUUCGCUCCAUUUGGACAUCUCUGACACGAUUCACCCCCCAUAUCUUGGCAUGAUGGCGUCAUCCUUGGCACAAUACACGCCCCUAAAAAACAUCAGCAUUUGAUGAUUGUGAUCACAAAAACACAGAGACAACUGGACCGUUCAUGGACUGUACAGCAGUGAGUUGAUAUUUAUUCAUUAAUCUGAACCAGCCUAAAAUAACUAGUUUUUAGUUUCGUGUUUCCUGGUUUUAAAGCUGUGUUGUGACAGUCCUACGUAACUGUUGCACUGUUGUAAAUGAAAACUCUGCUCUCUCUACAGGACAUGUUACUGUCAUGCAUGACUGCUUUCUGCAUCUUAUUCGGUGAGAAAAACACUACAGCCAGAACUACAAAGAAGAGAACUGAUGGGCUGUCCCCACACAGUUGCGGACACCAUAUCUGCAAGACACACCCCAAUGAGCAAACGAUGUACCAACAUCCUAUUGUCAUCAAAUCGGCAUCGGGUGGAGUCCAAAAAACUACCAGGGGUGAUGAAGAACAUGAGCUGCUGUUCCUGCUGCCCCCCCAUCUCUCUCACCCUCGUUUUCUACGAUCAAAGUUAAUAAAAUGUCUUUUGAACUUAAAUCUUAUUGUUUAUAUUAUUUGUGUUGAUAUAGUCUUUUGGUCAUGUAAAUGUUUUUGAAUUUAGUCUCCAACAAUAAUCAUAAAGGUGAGGCCCACAAUCAAUCAAUCAGACCUCAUUUUUAAAGCACUUUUCAUACAUGGAGUGUAGCACAAAGUGCUGUCCAUUCAUGCAGGAUAUAAAAAAAAACAAUGAAGUAGGGGAGACCAGGGCUUCUUGUCACAUGGGUAAGUUGUCACACCGCAGUUAUCUUUGCCACCAGAGGGCGCAACUAAAAAAUGAAAUACUAGUUUUUUUCCUUUACAUGGUCAGGGGUCAUGUCCUGUCUGAGAAGAGAAGAGAACAUUGUGAGCUGAGAUAGGCACCAAUUAACCAUUUCACACAACCCAAAGUAAAAAAAAAAAAAAAACUUUAUAUAUUUUAAAAUAAGCUUCUUCCAGAUAAAAAUCCCAGCAGUGAUACAUGUGGACUUGUUAGAGGAGGGAUUAAGGCAUCCUCUCAUACCUCAGUCAUUGUUCUGUUUUAAGCUAACUUUAUUUUUACAGAGAAAAGAGUGGUUUUAAGUAGAGGAGAAAGCAAGAAGACGUGGUCAGGAAUUACAUAAGAAAAAACAGAACAUGGCAGUGCAGUACCUGACGUGUUGCUGAGGGCAGUCAGACAGAUGACCAUAGCUAAUAAAUCAAUCUGGAGGACAAUAAAGGACUUUAAUGUCAACUACCAAAUCUUGGCUCUGUACUGCAAAACAUCUGAGGAAAUCUCAAAUUAUUUUCCAAUAACAAGUCAUUAUACAGUUUUUUGAAGGUGUCUCUGGAUGGAAAUGUUUAGAGUUAAGUGGUUUAAAGUGUGAUCACAAGGGGUGAGGAAAAAUCUUCAGAAACAUUUUCCUCAUUUAUUGAAUCAAGUAAAUUCAGUUCAAUGAAACAUCCAGGAGUUCAAUAUCUGAAAUUCAUUCAUUUCUCUGUGUGUUACAUGGUUAAUUUUGAAUAUAGUUUUGUUAUUGUGUAUGAUUAGUAGGCUUGUUUCUUUUGGCCAACACUUAUUUUAAUUUUAGAGGACAAUGAGGUUGUGCUUCCAGCUGGAAAACAGAUCUUCUUAUCCGAGAAAUUCCAGUCAUUUCUCAGGAGAAAAGCACGGAAGUAAAUAAUUUUACUUGAGAUGGCUGAGCUUCAUUUAGCUGCAGGGUCUGUGUGCUGUGUGCGCCGGCCAACUGCAAUGACUGAGCGAUGUGAAUAAACAAAAGCACAUUACAUAAAGAAGUGGGAUGAUUUUCUUUAUGUUCUGAGUGGUCUUGGGAGAAUUUUAAGAAUAUUUGCAAUGCUACCAUUUGUUUAGUGGACUUGCCUCUCUUCGGGGCUCUUCCUGUUUGAAGGUUCCUCUGUUGCUGAAAGGAUCAAGAGUACCCAGAUGCAGCGCCAAGAUGGCGGACCCAAAGAUAAAAAACCACAUUUACAAAACGCAAUAAGUUUCCGCAUUACCUCCGAUUGGCGGACCCAAAACAUGAACUUUGAACUUCUGCUUUGCGAUGCCAGAACAGUAGGUGGCGGUAUGUACCUACACUUUCUGACGGCAAAAUUUACAGAAGAAGAAGAACUCUCAGGAAGUUUGAAAAGAAGCAAGCCGUCCGCAUUCAUUCAAUCUCACCUCCGACCACUCAAACUAACCCUAACCCUGCAUUCCAUUGUUUCCAUCAUGGGAAAUCUAAGUGACGCUCUCAAAUUAACAGGAACAUUGCGCAGAAGAUAUGUCCUGGGCAAUGGACUGAGAAAACGGGCAGAGAUUUGGAGGUAUUUGUGCAUGCUCUAUAUUACAGUUGAAAAGUGUAUAACAGCUUUCCAAUGCUGUUACUUGUGGCGAACACCUUUUUGCUUGAGUUGAUGCGUGCCCGCAGGUGGAAUAAUGUCACAUGUCACACACAUUUUCUGUUGUUUUGAUUUAUUUACUCAUUCAUCAUUUUAUGUGCGCACCUCUCCUAAUCAACCCACCCAUUAAAUAGACGGGCACAAUAGCACCAUCUGCUGGCACAAAAAAUACAUAACAAUAAACUGCAAAACCCCAAUCUGGCUCCUACAAAGUGUAUGUGACAAGAUGAUUAACGUUUGCUUUUGUUAAAUCAGGGCUUCCCCAGCCAGGACUUCGGCUCAGACUGUGGCAUAUUCAUGUUGAUGGUAGGUCAUAACGAGCUGUAAUGCACAAAUAUUGUAUCUAGAAUAACUUUCCAACAUGGACUUUUUUAAAGUUAUCUCACAUGUUGUCUCAUAAUUUUUUUUUUAAAGUCUGCCAUGUACAUCGUUAUGGAGUCACAGUUUGACUACUCAGUUGUAAGUACUUUUCAACACGCAGUGUCAUCCUCAAGAUUGUAUUUUGUAUUGUGCACUAAAAUGAAAUACAAACAACAAUUUCAGCAUGACAUGCCUGUUUGGCGGCGAUGGUGGUGCCUGUUGCUCCUGGAGAACAAUUCUUUGAACAGGUAGACAGUUUAAGUAAACUAGAUGUCCUAAUUAACUGGAAGACAAUCAAUAUAUUGUACUUAAAGACAUAUUGUCAUUACAGUUGUGGGAAAAUCUUCGCCCACUGGACCAAAGAAUGUCAAGAGCUCAUUGCUGGAAAGCAUACUCCGGUCUUCAGUCUAAAGAGGAAGGCAGAGCAGCAGGACACAGAGGUUAGGAAAUUGCCUUGUAAAAACAGUAUUAUCUCAGUGGGAGUCCUUCAAAAUGCACACAGUUGUAUGGAUCAACAUUGUCUCGAUGUAUUUGGUAAUUGAUGUUACUUUUCAAAUUGCCUUGUCAAGGAAACCAUGACGCAGACGGUAUCGGAUGUCCAAAGAAUGUGCAUGGCAGAUUCAAUGCAAUUCUGUGUCUACCAGACAUCGAACAACACAGGAGAGAGGUGUGUUGCAGACUCAAUUUAAUAAAUGCAAUUAUCGGGGCCUAUUCAGUGAUUUUCCAUGAAGUGACCACUUUUACAUAUAGUUUAAAUGCACGAAUCAUGCAGGAAAAUUAUUUAUACAUUCAAAUGUGCUGCAGAGGUAUAAUCAAUUGGACAGCGUGUUUGUUUAAUAUUAUGUUUGUCUCUCAUUUGAUCAGAUUGCUUUACCCUGAGGUAAACGUCAUAAAAUGGGUCCAGUGCAAGACGUGCAGGGGCUGGCUGCAUCAGGAUUGUGCUGGGAUUGAAAUGGAGCCGUUUGACUGCGGGUGCGAGGACUCCAUUGAGCAUCCUCGGUAUAACAUAAUUUAUCAAGGAAACAUAGUAUCAGUCAAAAAUACGAGGCUCAAAGGAUGAAAAAAUGAGGGCUUGCUCUUUUCUUAUUUCUCUGCAGGAUCAAGGAUGCUGUUGACAGUUGAGGAAUUCAUGCUGUCUUUUCUAAGACACAGAUCAAGGUUGCUUUUGAAUGCACUAUCAGUUGUUAAAGCCACCGUUUCUUUUUCAGAUGAUUACAUUUUUGUCUCUUGCUCUUUGGUUUCAGACAUUACACGAUGAUCUACUGUCUGGAAAGAUCCGCUCCAACAGAAUGUUCCUUUGGAGGAAUCCCGCCACCUCACUCCGACUAAAGCAGCAUCUUAAGAUAAGGACACUAAGUUGGAGUGAGCAGCGCGUAAGUAAAAAUGCCAUCCAUCAUGAGUAUUUUUACUCUCAGGGGUGUUACAUUUGAAAGGUGUUUACUUUCUGUGUUUUUCUUCAAUAGAUGUUCGAGCUCCUGCGGUUCAUUGAGGUGGCAACAAACAUUUCUAAAAAAAUAAAGAGAGGCGAGAUUCAUCUGCUUGAUUUCGUUUUUGACGUCAUGCUCCCAGAGGUGAGUAGAUCAAACUAUAUAGCUUGCUUUGAAAAAUGAUGAUAUUGUUAAGAGGUUGUUCUUAUUCAUUUGGAAAGCUCAAGAACAACAAUUAACCCAUACUGCAUAACUUCAAUUGUUCACAUUAUUUGACUGUUUUUCAGCUUUUGAUCAAAGCACUGAAGGAGCAUGGCAUCAACCGGUUCAGAGCAGAGCUGAUGAUGGCCUGUGGCAACGUGUUUUAAGCCCCCCACCACACCGACGGCAGUGCUGAAUUUUGUAUAUAUAUAUUUUUUUUUACUGUUCACAAUUUUGUUUGGAAAAAAUUAAAGAAAUCUUCAAAGCAGUUGUAUGACAAUUUCCCAUUUCUUUACACAGUCUGUAAUGAUAUCGCUAUUCAAUUGUUUUUGCUAUAUGGCUCUUCUGAACCUUAAAGAGAUCAUGUGACUUGUGUCUCUACAACUAUUGUAUACUUGGAUUUUGCACAGUCAAGCAAUCCUGAAGAGGUUCACCAGGAAGCACACCAUUUCAUAAAUUAUGUCCCUGGUUACACAAUGUUACUAAAGGAUGGGGGGAGUAAAUUUGUGCAGCAACAUAAGCACUCUCAUAAAACAUAAUUAUGAACAACAGAAAAUAUGUGAGGGUCAGGGCAACAUUGUUGACAUUAAACGAGGUCCUAAUAGGAGUGGAGAAACAAGGUCACAGAGAAGUUAAGAAACAUUGAUGUGCUGUGUAAUAAAGCUAUUGGAGAGAAAAGUUAGAAAACACUGUUAUAUGAUGUGUAACGAGAGGUUAAAACAGUCCAUACUUGUAGCAAACUCUUACAAAAGAAUUUGAGUAAGAUGAUAACUUCUACAUACAUUUACCUAUUCUGACAAAUUAUCAGAAUAUGAGGACAUCAGGCUAUAUAUACAUAUUACUGUAAACUUCAGAAUUAAAUCAGAACAAAACAGUAGUCAUAAUUAAUACAUAAACGUUUUAUUUUGAUUUUUAGCUCAAUAAUAAAUUUAAUUCGAUUCUUAUGGAAUGAACGGAGCAAAAAAAAAAGGAUCCGGCGACUAAAUCCGACUACCUGAAGUAUUUCGGCGCCGGAAGUCCGCCAACGAGAAAGCCUUUCCACCGGAAGUAAUUGUUUUGGGUCCGCCAAUCGGAGGAACUUAUUGCGUUUUGUAAAUGUGGUUUUCUAUCUUUGGGUCCGCCAUCUUGCGCUGCAUCUGGUCACCUCUCGAAAGGAUUGAGGGGUGCUAUGGCGGGACAUAUACAUUUCCGUUAAUGUAUACACUUCCUCUCUUCAAUGAAAAGCUGUACUUCACUCCCAGAGCAGGUGGAACAAGGAAAAUAAUGAUGGAUGAUGGAGAGGUGGGCAGCAUCUUGAACUUUUAUUUAAGCUAUCCCUCUUCAUAUUUUGAGAUUCUUGCAUGAAAGGAUUAUGUACACGGACCUGUACCCACAAGUAUAAGGUUAGGAUAUAGGCCACAAGUGUCCAUCCAUGCAAGGUGAAUUCGCUCCAUUUGGACAUCUCUGACACGAUUCACCCCCCAUAUCUUGGCAUGAUGGCGUCAUCCUUGGCACAAUACACGCCCCUAAAAAACAUCAGCAUUUGAUGAUUGUGAUCACAAAAACACAGAGACAACUGGACCGUUCAUGGACUGUACAGCAGUGAGUUGAUAUUUAUUCAUUAAUCUGAACCAGCCUAAAAUAACUAGUUUUCAGUUUCGUGUUUCCUGGUUUUAAAGCUGUGUUGUGACAGUCCUACGUAACUGUUGCAGUGAUGUAAAUGAAAACUCUGCUCUCUCUACAGGACAUGUUACUGUCGUGCAUGACUGCUUUCUGCAUCUUAUUCGGUGAGAAAAACACUACAGCCAGAACUACAAAGAAAAGAAGAGAACUGAUGGGCUGUCCCCACACAGUUGCGGACACUAUAUCUGCAAGACACACCCAAAUUAGCAAACUAUGUACCAACAUCCUAUUGUCAUCAAAUCGGCAUCGUGUGGAGUUACAAUUUUGAUUAAUCCCAUUUAAAGUUAAAAAAACUACCAGGGGUGAUGAAAAACAGCCAUACAGUUGCGCUUAAAGGUGCUGCCAGAGAGAGCAAGUAUCAAAGAGGAAGAAAAGAAAAUUACAGAGAUUACACUGUUUACUGCAGUGUAGUUUAGUUAAAAGAAAUCUUAAACUCAACACAUUUUGGGUUUCUCAAGGCUUCAUCCUGCGCCCACUCUCCUCCGGUUUCCGUCACACUUGAUUCAGUCCUCACAUCACGUGAUCUACCAUUAGCCUGAAGGGCCGGACACAAUGUCCGCUGUUCAUCGAGGCUCCACAGAUAUAUAUAUAUAAAUGAUCAACGAUCAAAGUUACUAAAAUGUCUUAUGAACUUAAAUCUUAUUGUUUAUAUUAUUUGUGUUGAUAUAGUCUUUUGGACAUGUAAAUGUUUUUGAAUUUAGUCUCCAACAAUAAUCAUAAAGGUGAGGCACAUAUUCAAUCAAUCAAACCUCAUUUUUAAAGCACUUUUCAUACAUGGAGUGUAGCACAAAGUGCUGUCCAUUCAUGCAGGAUAUUAAAAAAAAACAAUGAAGUAGGGGAGACCAGGGCUUGUUGUCACAUGGGUAAGUUGUCACACUGCAGUUAUCUUUGCCACCAGAGGGCGCAACUAAAAAGUGAAAUACUAGUUUUCUUCCUUUACAUGGUCAGGGGUCGUGUCCUGUCUGAGAAGAGAAGAGAACAUUGUGAGCUGAGAUGAGCACCAAUUAACCAUUUCACACAACCCAAAGUAAAAAAAAAAGAUUUUAUAUAUUUUUAAAAUAAGCUUCUUCCAGAUAAAAAUCCUAGCAGUGAUACAUGUGGACUUGUUAGAGGAGGGUUUAAGGCAUCCUCUCAUACUUCAGUCAUUGUUCUGUUUUAAGCUAACUUUAAGCAAGAGCUGGAAUUUGCAAACAUGAUAGUUUGGGGCAACAUGUCUCAGUCAUUUUGGGGUUAGUUGUCGCAUUUAAGAGAUUAAAAUGAACACAGAGAGUCUGCUUAUCAGCAGUUGUCACAUUGAAAUCUUGACUUCAUUUUUACAGAGAAAAGAGUGGUUUUAAGUAGAGAAGAAAGCAAGAAGACGUGGUCAGGAAUUACAUAAGAAAAAACGAACAUGGCAGUGCAGUACCUGACGUGUUGCUGAGGGCAGUCAGACAGAUGACCCUAGCUAAUAAAUCAAUCUGGAGGACAAUAAAGGACUUUAAUGUCAACUACCAAACCUUGGCUCUGUACAGCAAAACAUUCACCCCAGCCAAAAAACAAAGUCAGACAGCUCUCCAAACUCCAGAGCAUGUUACAUAAUAUUUCAUGUUAAUGUUUGUUAAAUGACUUUUUCUAGCUCAGUGAUAAAUGUUUUCUGUGCCUGACUUUGAUGUGCACUUUCAGGUAAAACAAUGAGAAAAAUAAUAAUUUUGUCCUUGUUUUGUUGCAAAAUCCACUGUGACAUCUUACCCCAUGUAGUGAGACAACUUACCCAAUGGUGGGGCAACAUGUCACAUGUUCACACUCUCUAUUUGAUUGCUUAUAACUUUGCACUGAUGCAAGAUAUGAAAAUGACAUGAAUACAAAACAUAUACCUGAGACUUUGGUCUUUCAUCUGGUACCCAUUUUGUUUAUGUGUGAUGUAUUGAUUACAAGAAAAAUACAAGAGUGUAAAAAGUGUGACAACAAGCCCCGGUCUCCCCUAAAAUAAAUACAAAUACCAGACCCCACCCACCCUCCCAACCCCCAUUCAACACAAACAGCACUCACAUGCUCACACACACAGAUGCACACUCAGAGGACCAGAUAAGGGCUCUUGAACUUGCCACAGAUGAGUGAGGAAACGCUAUCUUGAGUUAAAAUAGAUGUAAAUAAUUUUACUUGAGAUGGCUGAGCUUCAUUUAGCUGCAGGGUCCGUGUGCUGUGUGCACCGGCCAACUGCAAUGACUGAGAGAUGUGAAUAAACAAAAGCACAUUAUAUAAAGAAGUGGGAUGAUUUUCUUUAUGUUCUGAGUGGUCUUGGGAGAAUUUUAAGAAUAUUUGCAAUGCUACCAUUUGUUUAGUGGACUUGCCUCUCUUCGGGGUUCUUCCUGUUUGAAGGUUCAUCUGUUGCUGAAAGGGUUGAGGCGUGCCGUGGCGGGACAUAUACAUUUCCGUUAAUGUAUACACCUCCUCUCUACAAUGAAAAGCUGUACUUCACUCCCAGAGCAGGUGGAACAAGGAAAAUAAUAAUGGAUGAUGGAGAGGUGGGCAACAUCUUGAACUUUCAUUUAAGCUAUCCCUCUUAUUAUUUUGAGAUUCUUGCAUGGAAAGAAAUAUGACAAGUUCAGCAUCUGUUUAGAGCAAACCAGGUUUGAAACAGGAGAUAUUUAUUUAUAUGUUUUUCUUUACAUACUUAGUCAAAGGAUCCACGUUUAAAAGUGUCCAGUUACUCUGCUCGGAUGACUGAUCUGACAGAGGAAGAUACUGGAAAUUUUUCCGCCAUCUUUGGUUUGAUGAUUAAUGUCGAUGAACUGCAUGUUUCAGGUGAGACUGUAACACUGUACUUGCAGAUCAUUCGAUCAAAAAUAAGCUAUUUCCUGCAAUUUAAUGCACCAUUACUAAACGUUUCCCUGUUUUAUUUUGUAUGACCCUUUUUAGUUUGCACUGACCCUGUCAGCAGGUUGUCUGGUCAAAGCUACUUUGGUGACAUUCCUCAAGAGGCUGAAUCCCUGGAGUUCUCUACCCAUCUUAGCAACACCUCAUCAAAGGUCCUGUGGAGCCGCUCUGAUCCUCAGACCAGUCAAGGAGGCAGAGCAGAGGUGAGGAGUGAUUCUUGGAAGAUAACCAAGCUCACCCAGGAGGACAAUGGCUACUACAUCAUCAGGCGGAGGGACAGAUCACUGCUGUCCAGGAUGCUGCUCACUGUGGAGGGUGAUAAAAGAAUCUUGGCAGAUGGUGAAAUUGAUCUUUACGUUGCCGUGGAUCUUUUUAAAUGUAAUUUUAAUGUUUUAAUCUUUCUCACUUGCAGGGAAAUACUCAACAUAUUCAAAAUUUGCAGGUGAGAAGCUCAUCAUCAGAUAUCCUUCAACUCUUUCCCCUUGGACUGUGCGGGUUAAACUUGAUGGAGCAAGGAGUUACAUAGCAGUGGUUAAUGCAGGCAGUCUGCUCACGGACAGUAACCCUUACUCAUAUUCCAAGCAGUUUAAUGACAGGGUUCAGCUCUUGCCUGAUGGCAUACAGAUUGAUCGUUUAGAAACCAGAGACUCUGGCACCUAUGCAUUUGAAGACAAGCACAACAACCUGGGUCUGACCGUAAAUCUGGAGGUACACCCUGGACGUACCGGUAAGCGACAGGGGGGUUUAAAGUUUCAGGAAGAAAAAAUGAAAAUUAAUUGUAAAUUUAGUGGUGAUUCUCUCUAAUGCCACUGACCCCUACCCAUUUCUCCUGCCUUUGCAGCAUUUCCACCUGUGUCUGUCAUUGUUCCUUAUUUUGUUGGGGCCAUCCUUGCAGCUGUUGUUUGCUUCUGCUGUGUGAAAAAGUGCUGCAUUAAAGGCCAGGCUGCCUCUCAGACUGAAGUAGCACCUUAUCCCAAUCAUCAUGUAAGCGUGUCUUCAAGCAGGCAAUCACACCAAGUGUUUGGAAUAUGUGUUAUCAAUUUUAAUCCAUUAUCUGUGUUUCAAUUGUAGGACAAGGACCAAUCUACAGUUCCAAGUUCUUCUCCUUCACCUGCUCCAGCUCACUCUUACCAGCCAAUAAAUCCUGGUGUUUCUAGAGAGACUGCAAAUCCCUCCUCUGACCCAACGGUAAGUGUGAAAGUUUUCCAACUAUCAGGAUGAUAAAUGAUGAACUCAGUUAUGGGUUCAUUGCUUUGUUGCUGAUAGAUCAACUGAGAAUAACUGAAAAAAGACACUGUUAAGACCUCCACAGCUUGCCUAACAAUCAUCUCAUUUUAAGUUUUUACCAAUGUCUACGUCAUCCAGAGGUUGCUAUUUGUAUAUUCAUGGAUGUGUUGUGAUUUAAAAAUGGUUCAGCUGAUUCAGUGUUAUUUUCAUGCGACCUGUUUAUUUUUUUAAUCCCAGAAAAAUUGUAUUAAACUAUUUUUUUUUUUUACUCCUGACUAAUAUUUAUCUUCUACUCUAGGACUACAGUGCAGUGGUGAACAUCCCAUCAUCCGAGGAACAAAUACAAACACCUGUAAUGUGUCAAUUCUUUUUUUAAUGCAUGCAAUUUACCAGCAAUGGUAGUUUGUAAGGGGGAAAUAAUGCCAUAUGUUUUUCUAACCUGUUUCAUCAUUAACAUAAACGUUGACCUUUUUUUUGGUUCCUUCUCUUUAGGUUACACCCGUGGGAGGUCAUGAGGACACUCCAGCCCCUACAUUUGGAAUAGAUAAUCUCUCUUCGGACCAUGAGCCGAGGUUUGAGCUGGAAGGAUUGACCAUCCCCUCUGCUCCCCCCCUCAGUUCAGACCUAAGGGUCUGCGAUGUUGAUUCAUCAGAGAAAUUCAAUUUUCUGUAGGAAACACCGAAAAUGAGCAUGAGAUGAAAUCAGCGUUGUGCCCUCUGAGCAGUCAUUUUGGUCCUUCAUUUCAGUGUGAAGAAGAAAUAAAGAAAUAAUAAAGAAUCAAGAAAUCAAUAAUGCUUGCAAAUGCUUUGAGAAAUGCACUUAGAGAAAGGAACAUGCAACAAUGCAUCAAAGUGGCUUUUGUUGUUACGUCAUGAAGUGAUAUUCAGCACUGUUUGAUUUCUGUGUUUCAAUGUGAACAUCUUUUUCAGGCCUGAUCAGGGUUUUUGUUGUUUUUUUUUAAUGUCUAAAAACAUCUUCAAAAUGUGUGCUGGUAUCUCCAUGAGAGAAGUAAAGAUAAGAAAGGAAAAUGAACAAUGUAAACUUCAGACCAAGUUGCUCAGGGUCAAUAUCAAAUUUCUGAAGUAUUCUGGGAAUGAGCCUACCGUAUCAUCAAAGAUACAAUGAGAUUUAUUAGAAACAGGUAAAAGUACAUUUUUGCAAAUCUUCAUGUCCAUUAAAGUGUUAUAAAGGAAUGCAGUCAUGUCAAUUGUAGUCUUUUCAGUAUUUUUCAAAAUAUUUGCUUCGUUCUUGGUAACUCAGCUUUAGUGAAUUUCAUUGCCUAUCCCUAGAAAUGGGUGAUAAAUUAUCAUUCACCAUUUAUCGUCAGGAAAUUCCUCCACAAUAAAUAUUUGCCAUCUCACGAUAAAUGUGGUAAAUGCAAGUCGAUGAUGUUGGGGCAAGUGACGGACUUGAAGCCGUAGCCCACACAGAUUAGAAUAACAAACAAACAAACAUAACUGAAGGUGGUGAAGAAGAUGUCUCUGAGCAGCUUGUUGCCAAACAAGUCUCCACUUGAAGGAUUUGGGGUUUAGACAAGUG